GUCAAUCAAAGGGGGAGGGUGCUCGUGCACGCACUCGUGCUACUGGCAAUAGCAUUAGCCGAGCUGCGACCGGAGCAAAACCGGAAGUCGAACAAAGUUGCUGACUGAUUUCACUUUCCGCCCUUAGCCUGCACCUGUUUGGUGAAAAAAACGCAGACAUGAGUUCUUCUGGCUCCCCGACAAUAGGGGAAUUAUUCCACACACUUGCCGAAAUGGGCUUCACAGAGGAGCAGAUCCAAGCAGCUAUGCAGGCUGGGCAUUUUUCUGUAAUGGAGGCAGCAGAGUGGCUCCUGCAGGGUCAAGAUAAUCCACGACACCAGUUGUUCAAGCAGUCAUCGCAGCCAACUGAAACUGCCUUUUCGGCUUUUAAUCCACCUAAAGAGUCAGCGAGCACGUCUGAGUCUUGCAUGCCCGAUGCGGUCUGUCAAGAUGUUUCUGUUUCUACAGCAAGCGGCUCGUUAGUGCCGACGUCGGCGGCGUCCCGAGAGCUGCCGCCGCUUGAGUCACGCAUCAAGCAGGACAAAAGUGACUUUGAGGAGCAGCAGAGGCAAAUUGUCGCUCAGGCGGCCAAGGCGGAGAGGAGGCAGAAGAAACAGGAACGGGAGUUGGUGCUCAAGCGCAUCGCAGAGGAUCGCAGGUGCUUGCAGGAGAAGAAGAUCCAUGGUGGCGCCGUCACAGAGGGCUCUCCCCCCAAUGGCUGUCAAGCCCAAAAGCUUGGAGGAAAGGUUGAGACUAAUGUGGACAACAACUGUAUCCUCAUGAUUCGCCUGCCGUCCGGUGAGUCCGUGCGUGAACGCUUUCCAGCUGACGCCCCUCUGCGCAGCGUAGUGGAGCAUAUCACCGGACGUUACCCCACCCUCCCCACCUUCUCUCUCCUCCAGGGGUUCCCACGCAAACGCUUUGGGGAGGCGGAGCUCGCUUUCUCACUGCGUUCCCUCGGCCUUACGCCCAAUGCGGCUCUGUGUAUUCAGACAAGCCCCCCAGACACUCCACAAGACUCGUCUAGCCCCGCGGAGUCGCUGCUGCCCCCAUCGGUCGGAUGCGGCGAGCAGGAGCCCUUUGAGGCGGAACCUGCACCGCAUCUCCAAAACCAGGAAGAGGCAGACCCUCUCACACCACCUCCACUACCUAACCAGGUAUGGGAAGAGGCCGUCAACCUUGCAGGGAUCCCUGGAGGUGCUCCUCUGCAUGGACCGUCUCACUUUUGGGGGCGAGGCCAGAAAUUAGUUGCUGCCAAUCCAGAGGAAGUGGACAUAGUAGAACUGGAGGAGGAAGAAGAUGAGGGUGAAGUCCCACACAUGCUUAACGGAAUGCCGAGGCUGCCUUUCUUGCCAGAGACCAGGAACCGUAGAGGAUUUCAGUCCAGACACCUCUGGCCAGAGCAAGGCAACCGACUUAGGGAGCAUCUAGAAGAGGAGCCAGCUGUACCGGAGGCAGCAGAGGGUCAGGUGGCGCCUGUGGCCGCUGGUCUGGCUGCUGUGGAGCGUUUCCAAAGAGCGGGGCAGCAAGAAGACCCUCAUGCCUCACACGGACAGCCCUUACCCCCCAAAAGACCCUUCAAGACUCCCAGCGUUCCUUCCCUCUGUUCCUCCGCUACGCGAGCCACCGUCCACCUCAUGACUGCUCCCAGCAUGCAGUACAGCAGCAGCCUGGCCGGCCUCACGCCCGAACUGGCGGAGCUACUUCUCAACCACAUGGCCCACGAGAGGCUGCUGCGCCCGCGUAACCUGGAGCUCUUCUUCGGCUGCCCGCUUCAGAAGUUUUCCCUCAACUGCUACCCGUACUCUACCAACGAGCUGCUGCGACAGCUGCGGGCCUUCACAGCACUCAAGCACCUCAGUCUGGUCAACUCGCCGCUCAUCACGGACUCCGGACUAUCAGUCCUGUCCAGCUUGGUCAAGCUCCAGCACCUCAACCUGGCCUCUUGUAGCAAAUUAACAGACUCUUGUCUGCAGUACAUCACAGGUCUAAAGAGUCUGUGUUUCCUGUCGCUGGACAUCACUAAGGUGACUGAUGCCGGGGUGACGCUCUAUCUGCAGUCUGCCCCGCCUUGCCUCUCUCAGCUCAGCCUCAACCAGACGGCUAUUAGUGAAGUGACGCUGGCGGCACUGCCAAGCUGCACGCCACAGCUACGUCUCCUCAGCAUCAAGCAGACCAAGGUUAAGGAUGUUUCGGCGUUGGCCCAACUGACGAGUCUGCAGACGCUCAACCUGGAAUGGACAGGAGUGAAGGAGUCCUCACUAGCUCAUCUCAGUGCCCACCCUAAUCUGACGUCUCUCAGUUUAGCAGGGGUCUUAGUGGUGGAUGGCAACCAAGCCCUACAAAUCAUAUCAGGGCUUCGGUUAACUCAGCUGACCCUACCUGGGCGGCACACCAUCACCGAUGACGGGCUGACGUUCCUCUCAAGGCUGCGUCAGCUCACCGAGCUCGACCUGACGGAUUACACACAAGUAACAGACCAGGGUGUACAGCAGCUCUGCACCAUGACCAGGUUGAAGACGCUUUCACUCAGCAACACUCAAGUGACAGAUGGAGGUCUUCCUUCACUGCGCCCCCUGCUGGAACUGCAGGAGCUGUGGUUGGACAGAACAGCUGUCACGAGCAGAGGAGUAGCAGCACUCGUCACACGUCUGCCCCACCUGCAGGUGUUAGGGUUGUCCAGCACUCAAGUAGGCGACAACGUCAUCAGGAAAGGUCUGAUUCAUUGCAGUCAGCUGAUUAAGUUGAAUCUGAGUCGCACACGAAUCACAGACAACGGUGUGAAGUUCCUUACGCGCAUGCAUCUGACUCAGGUCAACCUGGAUGGCACCGGUGUGAGUCUGGCGGGCAUCGCCAGCCUCCUGAGCUCCACACGCAUCAGCAGCAUCCGGGCAAGCAACACUCGUGUCAUUCCCCUCAAUGACGUGUCGGACGAGGAGUGGCAAGAUCACUGAGGUGGACCAGCCCCCAAACCCCUGCCCUCCACCCCCGAGCAUGCUGCUCACUGGACCCCUGUAGCACCUUCUGCCAACAUGAAAGCGGCAAAACCACACUAUUUGCACUGUUACUCCAGUAAUCUAACACAUCUUUAUUAGCUUUUGUAGAAAAAAGCCAGGAAAGUUUUACAGCUUUAUGUCGAGUUGCAUCUUCAGGAAGUAGAGCAAGAAUAAGCAAGACAGCAUGUUCAAGCUGCACAUCCUUAUUUGAAGUAUUGUACUGUUUUAUGCUGCUUUAAGUUUUAGAUUGUGUUACUGUUAAUUUUUCAAAUGUAAUUAUGUUCCUGUUAAGUAUCAUUAAAACAAUCUAACAUCAUUUUA